CACUCCCCCAUUCCCAAAUUUUCCGUCUCUAUUACUACCUCUCAUUUCUUUUCAUUUUGCAACAAUGCGUCUGGGUAAGUUUUUGCUCGGACUGGCCGGACUGGCGCUGACCACGGCGGUGGCAGCGUCGGGAGCACCGGUGUCGGACAAGAGCCAUGUUCUGACCGCGACGAAUUUCGAGAGCAAGACGCAGACGGGCACGUGGAUAAUCAAGCACUACUCGCCCCAAUGCCACCACUGCCUGAACUUUGCGCCCAAGUGGGAGCGCGUAGUCCGCGACACGCACCAGGCGAUGUUUGCCAACAACGUCCACUACGGCGAAGUGAACUGCCUGGAGGAGCAAGACUUGUGUGCGAAGAACGGGGCCGACGCAUGGCCGAUGGUGGUGGUGUUCAAGGAGAGCAAGCGCGCGCAGGCAAUGUCCGGCGACAAGACCGAGGAGGAGCUGAUGGAGUUCGUGCAGCGGUCAGCCAAUGUGCAUGAGGCGGUGCGGCGGUUCGAGCAGAACAGCGUGGUUUUGACACCAGCGAAUUUCACGGAGACGGUGAAUGACGCAGUCUGGCUGAUUAAGCACUACUCGCCCAAAUGCCCGCACUGCCGCCAUAUGGCGCCGGCGUGGACCAAGAUGACUGACGAGAUGGCCGAGGCUGAGGGCAAGCAGCAUGUGUUUUUCGGCGAGAUCAAUUGCCUCGACUACGUGGAUCUGUGCGUGAACAACAAGGUCGAUGGGUUCCCAACCAUCCACGUAUUCUACAAGGGCUCGCUGAUCGAGGAAAUGGGUCUGGACCCGACGUACGAGAACAUGCAGCCGUUUGCCAAGCGCCUGGCGCAGCGGCGGGACAGCGGCGAAUUCGACAAGGCAUUGGAGGAGCCGCAGGUCAACAACGACAACCGCGACUGGGAUGACGAUGAGGCUGACCCUAAGAAGAAGGAUGAGCCGCCCAAGACCCCCAAGAAGGACGAGCCCAAGAAGGACGAACCCAAGAAGGACGAACCCAAGAAGGACGAACCCAAGAAGGACGAACCCAAGAAGGACGAACCCAAGAAGGACGAACCCAAGAAGGACGAACCCAAGAAGGACGACAAGGCACUGCCCAAUGCACAGCACGACGAGAAUGCCGACACUGAGAAGCGCAACGCGGUUGUCUACAACCCCGACGGCGAGGCAGUGGUGCUGACCAAGGAGAACUUUGCCGAGCGCACUGCCUCAGGCCCGUGGUUCAUCAAGUUCUACGCGCCCUGGUGCCCGCACUGCCAGCACCUGGCGCCCGUAUGGGCCGAGCUGGGCGGCAAACUGCGCGGUAAAAUGAACGUGGGCAGCGUCAACUGCGACGAGGCCAGCAGCCUGUGCUCCAAGUACAACGUGCAGGGCUACCCGACCCUCAAGCUGCUGUGGGACGGCGAGACCGCCGACUACAAGGGCGAGCGCGAGCUGAAGGCGCUGGAGAAGUUUGUCGACAGCGUAUUGGCGCAGCCGCAUACUGCACAGAGCGUCCAGGAUGUGCAGGCAGGCGCAGCAGGACCGCGACGUCGUCUUUGUCUUUGCCUACGACGCCAGCGACUCCAGCGCCAAGACUGCCGCUGCAUUGGCCCGCGUCAAGGCCAACGCGCAAAAGCUAUUCCUGUCCAAGAGCCUUCUGCUCGUCAACAAUGCACAGACGGCCGCCGUGGUUUUGCCAGGACACCCAGCUGCCGGCACUGGCGGCGCUCAAGGAUGCACAGACGAUCAAGUACGCAGGUGCGCUGGCCAACGACGACCAGCUGCACGAAUGGUUCUACGCCGAGCGCUUCCCAUUGCUGCCGCAGUUGGAGCGCGAGAACUCGGACGACCUGUUCUACGACUCGGACUACCUUGUGCUGGCUGUGCUGGACUCGGACCGCGGCGGCGACUACAUGGACCACUACCGCAGUGCCAUGCGCGCGGCCGCCAUCGAGUACAAGAAGGCAUUCGAGGACGCCGGGCGCCGUGAUAAGGGAUCGGUGCGGUUCACGUGGGUCGAUGGCAACAAGUGGGCGUCGUAUGUCGACCGCGUCUUCCGCCUGCGUCGCUCUGACUGGCCCGCCAUUGUCAUUGCCCAGCCCAGCGAGGACCGGUACUUUGACGUGGACGCCAAUGGCUCUAAAAUUGAGCCUUCCAAGAUGGGCAUCUUUUUGGCUGUGCGCGCAGCCCUCGAGGGCAAACUGCGCCCGCAGAGCACAAACUCCCUGCUGGUGCGCGGUGUCCAUGCCCUGGGCUCAGCCAUCAAAACCACAUGGCUGUUUUUCUUCGGCUCGCUUCUGCGCGCCCUGCUUUCUCUGGCCAUUGCCGCUGGUCUCGUCUACCACCUGGUUCCGUCGCGCGGGCUCUUCUCGCGGCGGCUCCUACGGCGUGGUCAAAUCCGACUAAGGAUGCCUUCUCAAAAAUGCUUUAUUAUAAAAUCUUCUCCUUCACUGCUGUGCAAUGCGGAUGUGGUGCUUCUGCCGGUACUCGACGAAUUCCUUGUCCGUGGCCUUGUACUGCUGCGCCAGCUGCUCGAUCGUCUUUUUGAUGCCCUCCUGGUUGGUCUUGAGUGCUGGCAGCACCUCCUUGACUGUGCGCUCCACCAGCACUCCGUUGAUCAGCCGGAAGCACUUGCGGUCGCCCGACAUCGGCGUCAUGGUCUUCACCACCAGACUGUGCUCCUCCA